AUGAAGCGGUUCAUGGCCACGUUAAACAGGAAUAAAAACAAGGAUCCCCCACCCGCCAAGCUGCUGGAUCUCGCAGGACAGCUUUGCCAGGACCUCCAGAGCUCGUCUCCUAGUCUGGAGAAGCUGGUUGAGGCCAUGAUGGGGUGCAAACACAAGAUGUAUUUUCUCACUAACAUCCACGUUGUCCGAGCUUGUGUGUCUGUUCAUAUCCAUAACGGGCAGUAUGACACAGCCUGCAGACUCCUGGAGUAUUGCAAGGCAGAAGAGAAGGAGGAGCUGCUGCAACUUUGGCAUGAGAUUCACUACCAGAGGGUUAUGGAGAAACACCGUACAGAUUUUCUGACACCACUGCAGAAAUUCCGUUGCAGGAAGAGGAAUCCUCCACCUAUUUCCCUUUGUCCUGAAGGUCUGAAGAAUCGAAACUACCCAGAUGAAGUACGCCAGCAACUGCACAGGUUUGCUGCAGAGGUGACAACAAAUCCGAACAGGAAACAGCGGGAGGGAUUGGCUCGGGACGUGAACCUGCAGCCAACUCAGGUCUAUAACUGGUUUGCAAAUUAUCGACGGCGUCAAAAAUCCUGCCUCCCUCGUAAGGAAAAGCUCAACAACUCGUGUCCUGAGAGGGCUUUGAGUUACCACAUAAAGGAGCAGCAGGAUAAAGGAUCCUACACUCCAGAAACUGCAGAUGGAUCUUGUGCAGGCAUCGGCUCUGAGCAAGUGGAGAUAACCCUCAUGCCCUGUGACCCAGGGUGGGAGCAGUCAGCUGCAGAUCUGGAUAAGCCUCCUGAAGGAACAUAUUUAAAGAUGCUGGAAUCCAGCUUUAUGCAGAGCAGUGAGCUGUAUGAAGCAAGGACAAGCAAGGCUUUGUUGACCACUUACAACACGGAACAAGCUGUAGCUUUUUGUACUGAGGCCAUGCUGGAACCAGGAACCUGCUUUAACUCUGCUGUCCUGCAGCCCAGAGAAGCAGCAAGCGGUACUGAUGCCAUCCCCCAGCUGGAUAACUUUGUCCUGUGCUCUUGCGGUUCCCUUACCUUCCCAGACGAACGGCUGCCCUUGUGGCAGGCCCCUUGCAGCACCAGAGGAGUCUCUGGCUCCAUGUGGACCCCAAGUAUAGAAGGUCAGUAA